CGGCCGCCCGCUCAGUCGCUGCUCAGGUGCGCCCGGCCGCGGGCUUUUACCUCUCGGCCUCCUCUCUAGACUCGCUUCGCGUUCCCACGCGGGAGGCGGCCGCCAGCGGGGAGGCGCGGCGUCGCCCGCCGGGACCUGAGGAAGCCGCCGCGUCGGCGGCAGCGCGCGGGCCCGCCCAGGGCGUUAGAGUCUCGGCGCCAGUUCGCGGGGCCUCCGGCCGCCUCCCAGCCAUGAGCUACGGCCGCCCGCCCCCCGAUGUGGAGGGCAUGACCUCGCUCAAGGUGGACAACCUGACCUACCGCACCUCGCCCGACACGCUGAGGCGCGUCUUCGAGAAGUACGGGCGCGUGGGCGACGUGUACAUCCCGCGGGACCGCUACACCAAGGAGUCCCGCGGCUUCGCCUUCGUGCGCUUCCACGACAAGCGCGACGCCGAGGACGCCAUGGACGCCAUGGACGGCGCGGUGCUGGACGGCCGCGAGCUCCGCGUGCAGAUGGCGCGCUACGGCCGCCCGCCGGACUCGCACCACAGCCGCCGCGGCCCGCCGCCCCGCAGCCCGAGGCGGCGCCGCCGCAGCCGCUCCCGGAGUCGGAGUCGCUCCCGGUCCCGAAGCCGAUCUCGCUACAGCCGCUCCAAGUCGCGGUCCCGCACGCGGUCGCGCAGCCGCUCGACGUCCAAGUCCAGAUCGGCGCGAAGGUCCAAGUCCAAGUCCUCGUCGGUGUCCAGGUCGCGCUCACGGUCCAGGUCCCGGUCCCGGUCCAGGAGCCCUCCCCCCGUCUCCAAGCGGGAGUCCAAGUCCAGGUCGCGAUCCAAGAGCCCCCCCAAGUCUCCGGAGGAGGAAGGAGCCGUGUCCUCUUAAGAAAAUGGUAAUGUCUGUGGGCCCGAGCGCACCGCCUAGGUCUGCACGGGGCUUGGCGUGGUGUUGUGAGCCGUGGUGAUGUGGAAAGCGACUCCCGUCGGGAGAGCUGCUCCGAGGUUACUCGGCUUUGGGCGUAAUACUGAAGAGGGGUCUGCAGAGAGGAUGUGUGGAAAGCUUAGAUAAUGAUGGCUGUUUCGUAAACUGUUUGAGACCUAUUAAUGAAAAUGACUAUUUCUUGCUGUUUUUAUCCAACGUCUGCAUUUUCCCCCUUUAAAGCUGCGGUCUCCUGUUUGAUAAAAGAAUAUUGGCCAGUAUUGCAGAUUUUAACUGAUUUGGCUGAUCCUCCAGGGACCAGUUUCUGUGGGCGUGUAUUGGAGCAGGUUUGUCUUUAAAUGUUAAAGAUGCACUAUCCUCUUAGAGAAAAACAAUCAGUUCAACUAUUGUUGUACUGACUGGGACUUCCUAUUCUAAUGGAUGUAGCACACGAGUUGAAAUGCGAAGCAAUGAACUUUUGGAACCCCAAAACAAAGUACAGGUAUCGCGCUGGGUGGGGAAAGGAUAGUGUGUCUUUAACUCUCAAAUCGUUUGGUCCUAUUUUUUAAGAGGAAAGGGCCCUAACUAGCUCAGAUAAAAGCAUUAUUUUAUCUCAAUUGCCAAAUACUUAAUUUGGAAACAUUUAUCUUAAAAUAUAGUCUGAUACUCUGACCUCAAGUUUCUGUUUGGAUACAGCCCCUGCCCCCCAUUCCCUCCCCCCUCCUUUCCCCCCCUUAUCACUCCCCACCACCACCACCACCACCACCUUUUUUUUAAACUUUGUUUACUUAGCCAAAAAAUAGAUAAAUUGACAGUUGGUGGUAGCCAUUGAAAAUUUCUUAAUCGGGCCUUUAGAAAACUGAUCAUGGCCGGGUGGAACCUUACCGUAACCUCCUUGUUUCACCAGAGCCUUAGUAAGUACAAGCCUGAAACUGAAACCAUGUGCACUGGGCCCUCCUGGUGAUGGGAGGUAAGCUGAACUCGUUUCUUUUCAAACCUAGAUGUGUCUGCGAGGAGCCUAAUGGAGGACUUGAGAAAAGGACCACAUACUCAGUCCAUCGGUUUGGUCCGUUGAAGAAUCCUUGGAACAACCAACUGGCUAUUGAAAAGGUUAUUUUGUAACAUUUGUCUAACUUUUUACUUGUUUUAAUCUGCCUCAGGUGGCAAACUUCAUUUUAUGUGCCAUUUUGUUGCUGUUAUUCAAAUUUCUUGUAAUUUAGUAAGGUGAACGACUUCAGAUUUCAUUAUUGGAUUGGAUAUUUGAGGUAAAAUUUCAUUUUGUUUAUAUAGUGCUGACUUUUUGUUUGGAAUUAAACAGAUUGGUAACCUAAUUUGUGGCCUCCUCACUUUUAAGGAAACAUGUGCAGCCAUUACAGUCUAAAGCUGUCAAGAGAUUGACUCAACAUUGCCUUCAUUCCUUAAAAUUUAAAAAAAAAAAAAAAACUACAAAAGUUGGUGUAAAUUUGUAUAUGUUAUUUACCUUCAGAUCUAAAAAUGGUAAUCAGAACCCAAAUUUGUAUAAAGACUUCAGGUGAAAAGACUUGAUUUUUUUUUGAAAGGAUUGUUGACCAAACACAAUUCUAAUCUCUUCUCUUGUGUAUUUUUGUGCACUAGGCGCAGUUGUGUAGCAGUUGAGUAAUGCUGGUUAGCUGUUAAGGUGGCGUGUUGCAGUGCAGAGUGCUUGGCUGUUUCCUGUUUUCUCCCGAUUGCUCCUGUGUAAAGAUGCCUUGUCGUGCAGAAACAAAUGGCUGUCCAGUUUAUUAAUGCCUGACAACUGCACUUCCAGUCACCCGGGCCUUGCAUAUAAAUAACGGAGCAUACAGUGAGCACCUCUAGCUGAUGAUAAAUACACCUUUUUUCUCCCUCUCCCCCCAAAAAUGGUAAACCGGAUUGUCUUGUAUGAACUUAAAAUAUGGAAAAUGUUAAGGAAACAUGGUUUGUAACUUUGUAAGUACUUAUAACAUGGUGUAUCUUUUUGCUUAUGAAUAUUCUGUACUAUAACCAUUGUUUCUGUAGUUCAAUUAAAAUGUUUUCUUGGUGUUA